AUGCGCAAUCUUGCACUCGUCGAAAGACAUGUUUCAACUAUUUCUCAACAUGAAACAAGCUCAGACGCUCAAAACCAGCUUGCUUCCGGAAUCUCGACAUUCGCGUGUGACGUCGACCGCGAAGUGAUCUAUGUCGCGAGCGAGAGGGUCAACAACGAUGGGGACGGGGAAGUUACCAUAUGGAAGAUCGAGCAGGGAAAGAGCGCAGCUGAAAACUCGGCAGAGAAACUUGGGAAAUUUGAAGCCACAGCUUCUGAGCAUCGCCUGCUGGUGUCUCUCCAGUAUCUGGCCGAGUCGAGUCAGCUUGUCCUCAUCACCCGGGGAGGAGACAUUGCCGUCUUUAAUGUCGAUGACGAAGGAUGCUUCUCGGGGGGUGUAGACGUUCAGGGCUCGAUCGAGGCGGGCAUCCUCGCUGCUGAAUGGAGUCCUAACGAUUCAUUGCUUGCUCUUGUCACCGGAGAUGACAAAUUGCUACUCAUGACAUCAACGUUCGACGUCCUAUCGGAAGAGCCGUUGGACACUUCAGAUUUUGGCGAAGAUGCCCCGAUAAACGUGGGCUGGGGGUCAAAGGAGACGCAGUUCCACGGAUCCGUCGGCCGAGCGCACCUCAACCAGCCUGAAUCCAAGGACAUGGGGCCCGACAGCAGGCAGCUAGGCGACGAUACCUGGCCUCGGAUCAGCUGGCGCGGAGACGGAGCCUACUUCGCUGUCUCGGCCCUCUCCCGGUCAAUGUCUGAAGAUGGCUCUGGUCGCAAACGCGUGAUUCGCGUAUACUCGCACGAAGCGCGUCUCCAGUCUACUGCCGAGCCAAUAUCAUGUCUGGAGGCUAACCUUUCGUGGCGACCCGACGGCUCUGUGAUUGCGGCUACGCAGAACGAUAUAACCCGAUCGCAGAGGAAUGCAAAGGUUGCCAAGCACGAUCUCAUUUUCUUUGAACGAAAUGGUCUUCGCCACGGAGAAUUUAGCCUUCGCCGGGAGCUUGGACCUGACAGAGAGUACAAAGUGAAGGGAUUGGCCUGGUCCUCUGAUUCAACCGUAUUGGCUGUAUGGAUUGAGGAGAAGGGGGGCGAUAUCGUCCAGCUGUGGACCACUGGAAACUGGCAUUGGUAUCUGAAGCAGGAGAUUCGUGCCCCCUCUAAUGUUGAGGGCUCUCCUGGGCGAUUCACGGGUUUUACCUGGCAUCCCGAAGCUGCCAUGUCACUUGUCCUGACGACUUUCACGGUGAUCAUUCAACAUUCAUAUAACUGGGAGACUUUCACCAGCGCAAACGAAGCAGGCAAUGUCUGCGUUGUCGACGGAGUAAAUCUGCUUCUGACGCCCUUCCGCACGCAGAACGUGCCUCCGCCCAUGUCUUCACAUCAGCUCUCGAUUUCGUCCGCAUCUCCAUCCGAGACUUCGGGACAUACGUACACGCCAGUGCACGUCGCCGUGUCCCAUGCUUGCGACCUCCUUGGCGCUGUCUGGGAAGAUGGCCAUUUCGCCGUAUGGAAUCUUAAAACAAGGAUCGGCCCUGGCAAAGGCCCUGUGAUGCAGCCGUCUUUACUCUACAGUGGUGUGGUAGACGGAGCUGGGGAGCGAUGGUCUGCUCGCCAAAUCCUCAUCGCCUCUGAACCUUCGCAGACGGCGGUUGCUGUUCUAGGGUCGCCGCCCGCAGGGAAGGACGAGCUCGUCGUAUGCAGCGUUCAAGCGUCCGACGAACCAUUCAAGCUGCAGCUUUCAGAUUUCCAUCGUACUGAUCUUCCCGAAGCCAACGGGAGGCUAGUGCCAUGGCACGACGGAAGCACACUGGUAUGGCAGGACCCAACUGGGGCAUGUUACGAAGUUGAUCCUCAGACCAAAAGCUUCACCGCAUUGUGCUCGUUCCCGCAAUAUUGUCACUGGGCCUCGUACAGUACCGUUUCCGGCCGUGUACUCCUCGUCGGUCUCACGACGUCGGGACGGCUCUUCGUAGUAUCGCCCCAGGCAGAUUCUUUCCCGAUUGCGACGAACGCAAACUCGUUCACGAUCGCUUCUGGAUACGUUAUUUACACCACAACCGCUCACGAAGCAUACUUUGCACCCCUAGACGGACUCAUGUAUGCGCUCACCUCGUCAGAGUCUACGCUUCGCAAUGAGUCGAACAUAUCCGAGGCUGAGAAGUGGGAGAAGCGGAGAGUGGAGAGAGGGUCUCGUAUUGUCACGGCGGUCCCGAGUGCAAUGAGCUUGGUGUUACAGAUGCCGAGGGGCAACUUGGAGACGAUCAACCCGCGACCGAUGGUCAUGGCUGUCGUCCGAGAAGACCUUGACGCUGGACGAUGGAGAAAGGCGUUCCUUGCCUGCAGAAAGCACCGCGUUGACCUCACGGCCUUCGUAGAGCACGACGAGGCCGCAUUUUUGGAAGGCGUACCCGCCUUUGUGAAAGGUGUUGAAGAUGUGGACUUUAUUAACUUAUUCUUAACUAGCGUCGGACGAAGCAAUCUGUCCAGCCAGACUAUCAACACUGUAUGUGACGCAGUACGCGUCGAGCUCGAAAAUCAGGGUUUGGCGAAAUACAUAAACUCCAUCCUUACCGCAUACGUCAUGAAGUCACCUCCAGAGCACGAAGAGGGCUUGUCUGUCUUGCUUCGCUUGAGAGAGAUUGAUCCUUCCCAAGUAGAGGAUGCCGUCAAGUAUAUUAUCUUCCUCGUAGAUGCCGAUCGACUUUUCGACACUGCGCUUGGGAUGUAUGACUUCACUCUUGUGCUCAUGAUCGCGCAGCACGCACAAAAAGACCCGAGGGAGUUUCUGCCUUUCUUGCGAGAGUUGCAAACCUUGCCGCACUUCUAUCAACGGUUCAAAGUUGAUGAUCACCUCCGGAGGUACGAGAAGGCAUUGGAGAAUCUUAGUGCCGCAGGUCCGGAUCAUCGAGCGGAGGCACUGGCAUACGUCGAGAGGUAUCAGCUGUACGACAAGGCGCUGAAGAUAUGGGAGAAAACGGACAUGUACAAGGACGUUCUGAACUUGUACGGCGAAUGGCUAUUUGAUCGCAGAGAGUUCCAUCAAGCAGCGUCUGUGUUUACGGAGGCCGGGGACAUGCGUAGAGCAAUGGUUGCUCACGAACGAGCUCUUGAGUGGCAAGAGCUCUUCGACAUCGCUAUGCGGGAAGAUCUCUCAACGGAGGAGCUCCAGGAGGUCGCCUAUCGCAUUUCUGAUGAGCUCAUCGCAAAGAAGCGGUACGCCGACGCUGCUCGGGUACUUCUAGAUUACGCAGACGACGUAAGACAAACUAUCGGCACCUUGGUGCAAGGGAACCACUUCUCUGAGGCACGACGAGUGAUCACGAUGCGAAAAUGUCCCAAAUUGCUUGAGGACGUUGUACACCCGAGUGCACUGGAUAGCCGAUCGCAGUUGGGAGAAGACAUCACGGAGAUGAGAGACCAGCUCCGCAAACAAGUUUCCCGGCUGAAGGAGCUACGCGUGAAGAAGGCUGAGGAGCCCGAUGCAUUUUAUGGUACCGAGGAUACGAACCUACACAACGUUGAUGUUAUGACGGAUGUCUCGAUGGCACCUACCGCGUUCACUAGGUACACUGUGGCACCGUCUGCCGCCUCCAAGUCAUCCAAGAAAAGCUCCAAGACCAAGCGCAAGAUGGAGCGUAAAGUCGGCUCGGGGAGGAAGGGCACCGUCGACGAAGAAGAGUACCUCCUUCGUUCGGUCACCAAACUCGUCAGCCGUUUCACUGCUGUUCAAGGCGAAGUGAGCAGACUGCUCCCGCACCUCUUCCAGUUCUCCGCGGAGCACCGUGUCGAAGGCCUCGCGCUCCAGGCGGACGCCGCUGCCUUCCAAGACGAGCUCACACGGGCCAUCGACGAGAUAUGGAAGAGGCCAGAAGGCGACGCAGAGACCGAGGACAGCUGGGCGGCGCGCAUGCAGCAGAAGGAAAAGGAGAGGCAGGUUGACCCGCUGCAGCGCGUGAGCAGGCCAGAGAUACCCGGUGCGGACUGGGGACUGAAGUUACUCAAGUAAUCGCCGUACCAAAACG